UCUUCGACACCAUGAAAGAGAUCGUUGAGGACCAUAAGAAGCGGAAAAAUGAUCCCACAAUGAGUCCGACGAUAAUGCCAUCAAUUGAUCCCGAAGUAGUGUCUAAUAGGAGCAGAGAAAUGGACGCAAGAAGUAGUCAAGUGUUCGACGAAGAGUUCACUGAAAGCAAUUGCGACGACUCUAUGCAUUCAAAUGACUUCUUAGCCCUCGAUUACCUCUGA